AUGGCCGACAAGUACGGACCAAUCUUCACAAUCAAGCUAGGCGUGCACCGAGCUCUUGUUGUAAGCAACUGGGAAACAGCCAAAGAGUUCUUCACCACCAAUGACAAAAACUUUGCCACCCGCCCUAAAUUUUUGGCUGCAGAGAUCAUGGGCUAUGACUAUGCCAUGUUUGGUUUUAGUCCCUACGGCCCUUAUUGGCGGCAGAUGCGCAAGAUAGCAACCGUGGAGCUCCUCUCAAACCACAGGUUGCAGUUGCUCAAGCGCGUGCUUGGAUAUGAGGUUCAAGCUUGUACAAAACAUAUAUAUGAUUUGUGGGAGGAAAACAAAGGUAGGUCAGAGAAAGUGUUGGUGGAGAUGAAUAGGUGGUUUGGAGACGUGACUUUGAACGUCAUGUUCAGGAUGGUUGUGGGGAAACGAUUUCUUGGGGCAAAAACAAAGCAAGAGGAGGAAGAGAACGAGAGGUGUCGAAAGGGGUUGAGGGAUUUUUUCAAAUUGGGGGGUGAGUUUGUGAUCUCGGAUGCACUUCCGUUUCUUAGCACAAGCAAAAGAAGUAAUCGUGGGAAUGCAAAGGCUGAGCAUGACUUCAUGGACAUGAUGCUUUCUGUUUUCCUAGAGAUAAAGGCAGAGGACAUUCCAGCUUCUACUAGUACAUCUGCUGAUACAAUCAACAAAGCUACUUGUCUGGCUCUUAUUUUAGGAGGAACAGACACCACAACAGUGACAUUAACAUGGGCUUUUUCUUUACUAUUGAACAACCGUGAAGCCUUAAGGAAGGCUCAACAUGAAUUAGACAAGCAUGUUGGUCGGGAAAGGCAAGUGAAGGAAACAGAUGUAAAAAACCUAGUUUAUCUCCAAGCCAUUGUCAAAGAGACCAUGCGACUAUAUCCAGCUGCACCACUUUCUGUGCCACAUGAAUGCAUGGAAGAUUGCACUGUGGCAAACUAUCAUGUAAAGGCCGGGACGCGCCUUCUAGUCAAUCUUUCCAAGAUUCAGCGAGAUCCAAAUGUUUGGGUCGACCCUGACCAAUUCCAACCAGAAAGAUUUCUUACAACUCACAAGGAUUUUGAUGUUCGAGGCCAGAAGUUCAUGCCAUUUGGAAGUGGUAGGAGAAUAUGCCCCGGAAUUUCUCUGGCUCUUCAAGUUGUACAACUUACGCUGGCUCAUUUGUUACAUGGGUUUGAAAUUGCAACUCCAUCAGGUUCAGAUGAACCAAUCGAUAUGGGUGAAACGCUUGGAAUGACCAACAUGAAGGCCACUCCAGUUGAGGUUCUUCUCACCCCACGCCUUCGUGCUCAUCUUUAUGAAUGUGUUGAUUAG